CGUUUAUCUUUCGGCCGUGGCUCAAGUGGCUCAAGUUGAGGGCGUUCUGUUUCGAUUUUUCCCCCCCAUCGAGGUUGGGAGCUUUAAUUUAAUAAUUUUGAUGUUCGUGAGUCCGAAUCCCUAUGAGUGUGUGCAAUUGUGUUCGUGAUCGUGCGAGACUUUUUUGUGGUGAAAAGAGAAAAUAAAACACGAAAAGUGCUGUGAAUCGAGUGAAAGCUUUCGAAAAAGGACCUUUCGCAGGAUUGAAAGUCAGAAGUUUUGUGCUAAACAAAAAUACACGUAAAUCAGAGGAAAAUUUUACGCCAGAUGCAAGGAUAGUAAUUGUGUGAUCGUUUCUUGUAAUCGAAAAUCGUGAUAAAAAAAAACCAAGAGAAAGAGAGCGAGUGAAAAAAGUGAAGGGACUUUUCGCGGACGAAAAACUUCGAGCUGCUGGUAAGAAUUUAAAAUUCCAAAAAGCAGAUUUGUGGAUUAAAUUGGUUUACAUCGUCAACGCGAGACCAAGCUGUUGUAACAGAGCCGAGCAGCUUUUGGGAAGCUUCAAGGACGCACGAUAUCGCGAGUAGCGCAAAGUUGAAUAAAUAGCCUACCAGAUGGACCUGGUAAACAAAGUCUACGGAGGAUGGCGGUACCUGAUGGACGACCUGUCCGAUCCCCGGACGAACGAGUGGCCCCUGAUGAGUUCCCCCUUUCCCACCAUCGCCAUCAGCUUGACGUACGCGUACUGUGUAAAGGUCCUGGGCCCGCGGUUGAUGGAAAACCGUAAGCCGUUCCAGCUGCGAAAGGUACUGAUCGUGUACAACGCCAUCCAGGUCGUGUUCAGCGCGUGGCUCUUCUACGAGGCAUGUGCAGCAGGUUGGGCGACGCACUACAGCUUGCGGUGUCAACCGGUUGACUACUCCCGAUCACCGACGGCCCUGCGGAUGGCACGUGGCUGCUGGUGGUACUUCUUCUCCAAGUUUACCGAGUUCUUCGACACGUUCUUCUUCAUCAUGCGGAAGCGGUACGACCAGGUCUCGACGCUGCACGUCAUCCACCACGGAAUCAUGCCGGCGUCGGUCUGGUGGGGCGUCAAGUUCACUCCAGGUGGCCACAGUUCGUUCUUCGGUCUGCUGAACACCUUCGUCCACAUCAUCAUGUACGCGUACUACAUGCUGGCCGCCAUGGGUCCCAAGGUCCAGAAGUACCUCUGGUGGAAGAAAUACCUGACCGUGCUGCAGAUGAUCCAGUUCGUCCUGGUGAUGGCGCACGCCUUCCAGCUGCUGUUCUGGAACGAGUGCAACUUCCCGAGUGCGUUCGCGUACUUUAUCGGCGCCCACGCCCUCAUGUUCUACUUCCUGUUCUCGAACUUUUACAAGCGGGCGUACGCCGAACGCAAGCAGCCAAAGGAGAAGGUCGAGAAGCAGCAGCUGGUGGCCAACGGCAACCUGGAGUCGGAGCCGAACAAGAACAUCGAGCAGCACAGCUCGCCCAUGUCGGCGCACUUCCAGUCCAACGGCAAGAGCAGCUUUUACCAGGCCGUCGGCAAGACCGUCGAGGAGAGCUACUCGUCCACGCGGCAUCGGGUGUACGUGGGCGCGGUGAACAACUGAAGAGCGGGAGAAGGUUUCCAGCUUUAAGGGCGACUCUAGGUUAAGGACCACCACCUCGUGUAGAGGGCGCUGUACAAGUACUGCUCAGUCGUGGGAUCCUUUAUUGUGAUUCCAGACACACACACACAUUUCUGAUUCUAAUUUUCUAGCGAGGAAAAAAGUGAUAGCUCUUUGUAAUACCGUAAAUGAAGUCCAGUUAUUAUUAUUACGAUUGUUUAGCACUAUUGCCCUGGAAGAUUUUUGAGACACAGGUAAACGAGAAUCGAAAAACAAGCCAGAAUAAGCAUUCAAAGCCAAACUUUUAGAGCUCACGGAGCUUACACCAGUUGAAGUUUGCAUUUUUGGGCAACUUUGAAUCACCCCUAGCACAUUUGCACAUUUCAACUGUUUUUAAAACGCAAGGGAACCGGAAAUAGGGAAAGGAGCUCCUAAUCGAGUUGCCGAAAAAGACGAUAACAUCAACUGCACUGCACUUUAAACUUCAUCCAUUUCCGUUCAAAACCAAGCUAGAAAAACGUAAUUUGUGUUACUUUUUACGAUUGGUAAAAAGAACGCAAGCUGCACGCCCUGCACCCACCGCCAAAUGCUUCGUAAAAUCUUUCAACCUUGCAACAAUACCAAAUAAGUAUCUCUUUUUUGGCUGACCUUAAUGUUGGGAGACCCCCGCCCCCUUUUAAUCCGAACGCCCCUUGCUCUUGUCUCUUCGAAUGUUAUCUGAUAAGUGUCUUUUAUUUAGCUGAUAGUAAUUUAACUAGCCUCUAAGCUGCGUGAAGCGAGAAGAGAUCUGUAAAUAGUUCCCAUUUUAUGAAAACAAAACAAACAAAAAAACAAACAAACCAGAAAAGGUGACCCUCUUUUAACCCAAUUUUAAGGAUGCUCGUGAAUGCUGGAUUGUGUGCAACGCAUUUAGCGUGUAGCGAAAAAAAAAAGAUUUCUACACACUCACAUACACUUUUACUCUUAACUUGUUUUAUACACCGUAAGAAAUUUGCACGCUUUUGCUCGGGAUGAAGGUUUGUUAGUUAAUCGAGAGAGAUAGCAUACGGAUUAGCAGUGUGUGAGCGGGAACUGAGUAUGUGUAUGAGUAUUUUUUUAAACUGUUUGAAUGACUGAUGUGCAAUAAAAUGUAGUGAAUAGUGUAAAAUG